CGCGGGUUCAGUGCAGCCACUGGAACCGGGAGAUGCGGCGCAGGGGUUGUCGCUGUGUUGGCUUUUACCUGAGUCUUGUCUCUUCCUGCGGUUCUUUCUGCGGCUUCGAUCAUGUUACUACCUUCGGACGUAGCUCGGCUGGUAUUGGGUUACUUACAACAGGAAAACCUCACUUCUACCUGCCAGACUUUUAUUUUGGAAAGUUCAAAUUUAAAAGAAUAUGCAGAACACUGUACAGAUGAAGGUUUUAUCCCAGCCUGCUUAUUGUCUUUAUUUGGAAAUAACUUGACAACAAUUUUGAAUGAAUAUGUAGCUAUGAAAGCAAAAGAAACAUCAAAUGAUGUCCCAGCAAUUAUGUCAUCGCUGUGGAAGAAGUUAGACCAUACGCUUUCUCAGAUCAGGAGCAUGCAAAGUUCCCCAGGGUUUGCUGCCAAUCAGAGAGCCCGAACAAGAAGUGGAAUUGCAGAAAUCAAACGGCAGAGAAGACUUGCAUCGCAAGCAGCUCCCGUCAGUUCAGAGUUGCUGACGUUACCGUAUCUUUCGGGACAAUUUACUACUUCUCCUUUGACAGCUACACAAGUUACGCGGCCAACUGGCCAAAUUUCAACUCCUUUGAGGUCAAAUUUUGUAGUGGUCAACCAUUCGCAGUCACAAGACUCUGUGACCACUGCAGAGGCUUUAAGUAUCAUUCCUGGUCCUCAGGAAAAGAAAACUCAAGCCAGUUUAAUGUCUCCUGGUAGACGCAAAAGUGAAUCUCAAAGGAAAAGUAUCACUUUGUCUGGGCCUCAUUCAACAAUACGGAAUUUCCAGGAUCCAAAUGCAUUUGCAGUAGAAAAACAAAUGGUUAUUGAAAAUGCGCGGGAAAAAAUUUUAAGCAACAAAUCUCUUCAAGAAAAGCUUGCAGAAAACAUUAAUAAAUUUUUGACUAGUGACAACAAUAUUGCUCAAGUACCUAAGCAAACAGAUAGCAACCCUACUGAACCAGAGACUUCAAUUGAUGAACUCCUGGGACUUCAGAGUGAAAUCCACAUGUCUGAAGAAGCUAUACAGGAUAUAUUGGAACAGACAGAAUCAGAUCCAGCAUUUCAGGCACUCUUUGAUCUCUUUGACUAUGGUAAAACAAAGAAUAAUAAAAAUACGUCACAAGGCAUUUCCAGUCAGCAUAUGGAUACCAAUCCCAAUGUAGUCUUAGCAGAUGAAACUAAUCUAGCAGUUAAAGGUUCUUUUGAAACAGAAGAAUCUGGUGAUCAAUCUGGCCAACCCUCAUUUUGCACAUCCUAUCAAAGUGAAGACACAUCAAAUCCUUUGAAGAAUGGUAGCAACCCUGAUGAGCUCAGACAGGAAGCCCAGGAACCUUUUUCCCAUAUAGGCUCUAGCAUGCAGAAAAAGGCCUUUAAAACAGUUGUUGUACCUCCUGAACAGAAGUGUAACCUCGAUAUUACCUUUGAGUCUGUGCCUAACUUGAAUGACUUUAACCAAAGAGUAAAUUCUGAUGCUGAAUGUAAUCAGCAUUGUGCUGAAUUAUACACCAAUCAGAUGUCCACUGAAACUCAAAUGGCUAUGGAAGUUGAAAAGAAUUCUUUGCCUCCCAGUGUGCCGAGUGAAUCUCAGUUACAGCCUGAUCAGUCUGAUAUACCAAUAACUUCAUUUGUUUCCCUUGGUGGUGAAACUAACAAUGAAAACUUAAUUCUCUCUGGUAAAAAUUCUCAACUUUUAUCCCCAAAUAUUCCAUUAACUGGAAAUCCAUCUAAAAAAAGUCAAUUUUGUGAAAGUUCUAAUAAUAUAGGAAGACUUAAAACUAGUUUCCAUGAUUCCAAGUCACCAGAUUCUAGAGAAAUUCACCAGAGUAAAAUUGAAAUUAAUAAUGUAUUAGCAGUUGCAUCACAACAACUUUCAGAUUGCCAAGAUAAUUCUUCCCUUCAAAGUAAAAUAUUACCUGUAUCUGUUGAAAGUUCAGGUUUAAAUGUAUCUGAACAAGUAGAAAUUCGUCUUGGAGGUUCAGUAUCUUCAAUGAAACAACCAUCUAAUGAUUCAUCAUCUGUUGAGUUAAAUCAUGUGGAACAUGAAACUCAGCCCUCCAAGUCUGAGAAAAUUGCUUUGGAUUCACAAGAGCCUUCAUCUUCUAUAAAAGAACAUGGAGAUAGUAUUUUUCUCUCUUUAGGUGAAAAUGAUAACUGUGGGGAAGUAGCAUUGAUGCCUCCAGAAGGUAAUCCUAUAGAAGGGAGGCAUUCUCUUCCCUCGGAAUCCCUGUGUUCAAUGGGAGAUUCUCACGCUGAGUCCCAAAAUACUAGUGAUAAACCUGCUAGUGACAACUCAACAGAGAUAGAUGCAUCAAAUAUCGUCUCUCUCAAAAUUAUCAUCAGUGAUGAUCCAUUUGUUUCCUCAGAUACUGAACUUAACAGUGCUGUUUCUAGUAUCAGUGGAGAAAACUUGCCAACUAUAAUUUUGUCUUCUCCUGCUAAAUCACCUGCCAGAAAUGCAGAAUUAGUUAAAUGCCUGUCUUCAGAAGAAACUGCAGGUACUGUCACAUCUGCUGAAGGAAUAGGAGAUUCAGCAUCAAUGGAACAGAGCCUUUUAGCACUCAAACCUGAAGACUCGGCAGUAAACAAUACUCAGAAUGAAGACAGCAUUGCUUUUUCAGCCAGUGUUACACCAUGUGUUUCCAAGGAUGGAGGAUACAUACAGCUGAUGCCAACUACAAGCACAACUUUUGGCAAUUCAAAUAACAUUCUGAUAGCUACCUGCAUGACUGAUCCAGCAGCCUUAGGAACAACUGUCAGUCAGUCUAAUGUUGUGGUGUUGCCUGGAAAUUCUGCACCUAUGACUGCUCAACCUCCACCACCUCAGUUACAGACACCACCAAGGUCAAACAGUGUAUUUGCUGUCAACCAGGCUGUGUCACCCAACUUUUCACAAGGAUCUGCCAUCAUAAUAGCUUCUCCAGUCCAACCUGUGCUGCAAGGAAUGGUGGGAAUGAUCCCUGUAUCUGUGGUUGGACAAAAUGGAAAUACCUUUUCUGCUCCUCCUCGGCAGGUCCUUCAUAUGCCUUUGGCAGCACCUGUAUGCAAUAGAAGUAUCCCUCAAUUCCCCAUCCCUCCAAAAUCUCAGAAGACUCAGGGCCUAAGAAACAAGCCUGGUACAGGAAAGCAGGUAAAUAAUUUGGUGGAUUCAUCAAGUCAUUUAGUUGGAUGUCAUGCACAAAGAACUGAAGUUUCUGACAAGAAUAUGGCCACAGAUCUUGGAAAAAAAUUGGAGGAAAUCACAGUUCCCUUCUCAGUAGAGAGUCUAGUUCCAAUUAGCAAACCGUUUGAAAGCCACAGGCGUGUGCUCUGUUUUGAUAGCACUGCUUCUCCUGUGGCAAAUACACAGGGGACAAACCAUAAGAUGGUGUCUCAAAACAAGGAAAAGAAUGAUAUUUCAUUUCUUAAUCUUGACUCCCCCAUUGUGUCCUCCACCUUAAAACCCCCUUCUAAUAAUGCUCUCAAAAGAGAAAGAGAGAAACCUGUGCCUAAGAUUUUAGCUAAAUCAGAAACUGCCAUUGGCCGACAUACCACCAUAAAAGAAACUCAGUCAGAAAAGAAAAUUUCACCAACAGAAAUUGUACUUGAAUCUUUCCAUAAAGCAACAGCUAAUAAGGAAAAUGAAUUAUGCAGCGAUGUGGAAAGGCAGAAAAGUCUAGAAACUUCAAAACUCACUAAUGGGCAGCAAAAUGGCAGUUUACGGAAUGAGAAAACUGUAACUUCGCUCCAAGAACUAACCAAAAAACAAGGCACAUCCUCAAACGGUAAAAAUGUCAUUUCAGUAGGUACAGCUGUGAAGGAUCUAAAACAAGAACAAACCAGAUCUACCAGUUCUUUGGUUAACCCACUAACCAAACAUUCCACAGAAAUGUUACAGGAUGUUCAGUUGCACAGUCCAGUAAAUAGGCUCACUGAUAGUACUGAUUUACCUGUACCCCGCAUAUCUGGCUCAGGGGCAGCAGAAAAACACAAAGAGGAGCCUACAGAUGGUAUCAAAGUCCCCUCUAGUAGACGUUUUGGUGAAGACGGUAGCACACCCAAAGUAAUGGUCCCUCCUGUCACUCCAGACUUGCCUGCCUGCAGCCCUGCCAGUGAAACAGGAAGUGAAAACAGUGUAAACAUGGCUGCCCAUACAUUAAUGAUUCUCUCCAGAGCUGCCAUCUCUAGGACUACUACAGCAACUCCUCUAAAAGACAAUACACAGCAAUUUAGAGCAUCUUCAAGGAGCACCACAAAAAAACGGAAAAUUGAGGAAUUAGAUGAGCGUGAGCGAAACUCCCGUACUUCUAAUAAAAGUCUUGCAAAUUCAUCAGUACCAAUGAAAAAGAAGAAAAUUAAGAAAAAGAAGCUCCCCAGUUCAUUUCCAGCUGGAAUGGAUGUGGAUAAAUUUUUGUUAUCAUUGCAUUAUGAUGAGUAAACAUUCUGAACAUAUAAGAACAGCAGCUGUUUAAAACUCGUAUCCCUUAAACUGUGAGUGUAGGGAAUGAGAUGUUGACAAAAUCUGAAAGCAUGACCUGCACUUUUACUGUACUGAAAUUUCACUUUAUAUCUAAAUCAUGCUGUUUCUGAAGCAGCUUCCUAGUUUGUAAAUAGAUUUACCUGGUAUAUUUUUAUUUUGGAAAAAAAAAUUUGCAGAAAUGUAAGUAAAGCCAAUCUGCAAAACUGUAUAGCUUUGACAAUUGCAUAUUGUAAAUAUUGUGUAAAUCUUGUUGAAAUAGAGGUUAAAUCAACCUAAUGUUCUUACACUGUGUUUUUUGACUUCUUAUGAUCCUUGAUGCUGAGGCUUAUUCAUCUGGAAUAGUUUUUUGCUUUUGGGAAGAAAGUGAUACUUUUCCUUGUAAACUGCCUCCAGUAACUAUCCAACAAGAUAUUCAAAGACAUAGCCACUAAGUGAUAACCACCUAAAAUGAUAGUAAAGUGACAAUUUGGAUUUUUUCUAGAGUGAAUACUUUACCAUCCCUUCUUAUAAUUGCAGUAAAGAUUAUAUUCCUGAAGUUUUACACUUUAACUGCCUCUGGUCAUUCUGAUCUCUUUGUUUUAGAGAGAAUUUUAUAAAUCAUCUGAGUGUUCUGAUCUUUUGUUUAUAACUUUCAAGAUCUUUUACAGAACUUUAAGUGUUUAGACUAUUGAGCCAUAAAAAGUUUGGUUAUGUAGUAGAGAUUUCUUGGUAUGUAUAUACUUUUUCCCUAAAUACUGGGGAUUUAAAGAAUUGCACUAAUUCAUAGAACCUCUUCCAUAGUAGUGACCAGUGCACAUUUAAUUUAAAUCUUGUAUUCUAUGUUCAAGCUUGUGUGGAGGAUUAUCUUCUGGUGUCCUUUUAGAAAGCCAUGUCCAUCAUAAGAUGUAAAAAGAGAAAUCAUAGUUUUAUAUUUUAAUUUAGUUUCUCCUAAAAUGGGCUGUGUUAAAUAACUAUAUCUAUACUUAGAUACAGUGCAUUGUCUCUGUGCCCCUUAAAGUGUUAUGAAGAGUUACUCUCAAAAAGUCCUUAAGGAGAAUGAAAGAGGUGCCUUCUUUGUAUUAGACUCACAUACAUCAGUCAAGUUGAAGAAUUGGUUUAAACCUUUAAAUGAGAACAGAAAUUAUAAUCAGUACCUGACCAAUUGUGCCUAGAUAUUAAAGUAUUUACUUGUACUCUUAAGUGCUUUCUGUUUGGUUAAAUAUCAGUAUGUUAAGGUUUUUUCCUACAGGUGUAUAUAUUGUUAAAGAGUCAUCUUCCUCGACCUUUCUUUGUUUUUUUUUUUACUGGGCCUUUAAAAAACUAAAUCCAUCCUACUCUUAUACAACAUUUCUCAGUGUAGAAAUCACAUCUUAAUUGUUGAACGUUACUGCAGAAAUUUGUGUUGUAAGAAAUUUUUAUGAUGUGGCAGUGCUCUAUUCCUAAGGAACUAAUUAUCGUACAGUUAAUGUUUAUUUAACUCAAAAGUUGAUACUGUAUUACAGUUAGGUUUGAAUAAAUAUUUUCAUUAACUUCACAAGUUUGAAUUCCUUCAUAUUGGCAAUCAUUCUCGUUUAGAUGCUUUGAUCAAAUUCCUUUGCAAAUCAAUUCUUGCUUUUUCGGAAAUUCACAUAAUGCUGAAAAUUACAGAUUGUCUUCUCAUUCAAUUAAUAUGUAUUUAUAAGUGCUAAGUACUAAGAAUUUAUGUACAAGCAAAAUAAGUUCACCCUCUCCAGGAUUCUUAGUUCACUAGCCAGGAGCCCCUAGAUAUAGUCCAAGGACAACUCGUUAUUAGAGCUUUCAUUUGUAUUUAGAAGCAAAACCAUAAUCCACAUUUUACUUUAAAAGUCUAAAUGUACUGGCCCUAAUUGUAGUACUGUACCUGGUAACGUAUUUUUAACAGUCAGAUGCCCAGUGACUGCAUCUCAGAGUUAAAGUAUACCACAGACAACUCGGGGCUGCUUUCAUAACCACGUGUAAGGAUCUGCUCUUUAUCUUGUACAUUACUUAGUGGUCAAUGUAGUCAGUGUAUGCCAAAUCCGAGAAGUCUUAUAAUGAAAAUAUUUGAUUAUUUUAGCCAUGGAUAUUGUUAGAACCCUUUACUGUGUUGAAAAUGUACGUAACAAGAGCACCCAUCAGCACUUAGCCAAAAGCUAGCUAGGUGUCGUGACCAUUAGGGAGACCGAGAUUUAAGCUUUGAUAAGGAGUAAUUUCAAAAGCGUGUUAAUUUAUACUCUGCAUUCCUCAUUUCCAAGCUACCGUCUUUCAGCCUCAGGCCCAAUUUCUUGAAAUUAUAUGUCAAGUUUUGACUUUAUUAUUAUACUUCCUCUUCUAGUAGACUUUUUUUUAAUGUAAAUACUGGUUAACAUUUUAGCAUACUUUUCUAGUCUUUUUUCCUAAAUUAUUUUUUCUACAUAGUUGAACUUAAACUGUAAAUAUAACUUCCUAAUGCUUUUUUCACUUUAAAUAAUAUCAAGCGUUUUUCGGUUUUUAGCUAUUAUAUAAAGCAGUGAAAAUAUUUGUGAAUAAAUAUUGGUCUGUGUUAACAAUCAUUUCCUUAGGAGACAUUCUAGAGAGCAGAAUUGCCAAAUCAAAAGGUUAGUGUACAUUUUUUCUUCUUCUUCUCCCCAAAGCCCCCCAGUACAUAGUUGUAUAUUCUAGUUGUAGGUCCUUCUGGUUGUGCUGUGUGGGAUGCCACCUCAGCAUGGCUUGAUGAACGGUGCCAUGUCUGCGCCCAGGAUCCAAACUGGCAAUACCCUAGGCCGCCAAAGCAGAGUGCGAAUUUAACCACUCAGCCACAGGGCCAGCCCCUAGUGUACAUUUUUUUAAGGAUCGCAAUACAUUUUGCCAAUUCUUCCAGAGAAUUACUUCAGUUUACAUUCCUUCCAACAAAUUGUCAUUUCUUCCAUAGUAUAUGCUUAUCUUUUACUAGAGAUAUAUUCAACUAUGUCAUCAGUGGCUUCCAGGCUUUUAUUUCUUGAUUUGUUAAAAUUUGGAGUUAGCUCUUAAUCCAUAUAUAAUUUGUUUUGGUACCUGGUGUAAAGUAAGGAUCAAGGUACAUUUUUUUCCCUAAAUAUUUAACCACAUGCCUCAGUAUAAUUGGUUAAAGUUAAGGUUUCUCUCCCCCCAUGCAUUUACUUAUAAUGUCUUAUUCUAUACUUAUUCACAACCUUUUAUUCACAAUUCUAAAAUCCAAAAAAGUUCUAACAGCUAAUUUUUUCCCCUAAGUUUAGUGUCAGAACUCAUUUCAUGGCAAAACUUGACCUGAUUUGACAUGAGGCUACAACAUGAGUUUUUUAUCUCAUAUUUUGCUGGAAAAGUAGUAAUGUGCUUAAUCAAGUGUGCUAUUUCAGAUUCAACUGGAGUAGAUAUAUAUAUUGUGUUACUUUUUAAAAAUUCUGAAUAUUCUGAAUUUUGAAACCCAGCUAUAACCAUAAAGCUGUUAAGAUCAAAGGUUUUAGACCUGUGUGAAAUUUGUACACAUAUAUGUAUGUUAUAUACUAUAGUGUGUAGAUUAUUUUGUGCUGCUGAUUAAAUCAUUAUAGUUUUGUGUCCAUUAUAACUGUUCGUAGUUUUUCAAGUAUUCACCCCUUUUAUGCUUCUUGAUUAAGUUGAGAAUCACUUGUAUUAUUUCAAGUUAAAAUUCUAUUGGAAUAUUCAUUUGAAGUACAUUAAUGCUAUAAGUUAACUGAUACUGAAAGAAGCAAAAGGUAAUGGUAAUAUGGUAUGUAUCAGUAGUUUUGUAGUUAUCCCUAUCCUCAUAAAUUUCUUGCUAAACUGGGUAUUUUGUUGUUUAUUGCUAUUUUUAGGGAACUCUUCAUUUCAUUGUUUUAACUGGUUAUUGGUUUUUUAGUUAAUGUAAAAUUUUUAUGGAAGCAUAACAGAAAAGCUGUAAAACUAUUAAGUUUUUGCAGUUAAAUGACUUGUCUAACAGGACACACAUCUACUUCAUCACCAAGAUCAAGACUGGCACCUUACCAGUAAUCUAGAAUCCCAUCAUACUUCUAGUAACUGCUAGCCCCAAGGGUAAUUAUUAUCCUGACUUCUAGCACCAUAGUUGCAGCAGCUUUUUUUUUUUUAACUUUGUAUAAAUGGAUUUAGGCAGUAUAUAGUCUUUUGUAACUUCUUCUACUCAACGUUACAAGAUCCACUCAUGUUGUAUAUAAUUCAUUUGCCAUCCUCAAUGCUAUGUGUGUUUUCAUUGUGUUUAUCCAUAUUGUAUUAUGCCAUAAUUAAUCCAUUUUAUAGUUGAUGAACAGUUGGAUUAUUUCCAAUUUAGGGCUGUUAUGAAUAGAACUACUGUGAAUAUUCUUCUACAUGUUUUUUGGUCAAUGUAUUACACUUUUCAGUUGGAGAUAUACUUAGGAGUGGGGUUGUUGGGUCAUGGGGUUGCAUAUAUCCAACCUUAUUCAGAUUUUUGAUUUUUCCAGAGUGGUUGUACCAAAUCAUACUACUGUCAACAAUGUAAGGAGAGUCCCAGUUGUCCUACAUCAUUGUCAAUGCUUAGUAUUUUCAUUUUAGCCAUUUUGCUGGUGUAUAUUGGUAUCACGUGGUUUUAAUUUGGCUUUUCCUGAUAAAAUUUAACACCACUUCAAAUGCUUAGUGCCAUUUGGAUUAUCUCCUUUUGUGGUGUAUCUGUUCGUGUCUUUUGCCCAUUUUUGUAUUGGAUUGUCUGCCUUUUUCAUACUGAUAUGUAGGUGUUCUUUCUGUAUUCUAGAUACAGGUCCUUUUUCAGAGGGACAUCAGAUGUCUAAAUAUUUUACCAUGUUUUUCUUCUAAAAGUUUUAUUGUUCAACCUUUUGUAUUUUGAUGGAUCAUCCAUCUGGGAUUGAUUUUCCAUAUGGAUAUUCAGUUAACCCAGCACCAUUUAUUGAGAAAGAAUGUCCUUUCCGAAAUACAUUGCACUGUUACCAUUGUAACAUGUACAGUGAGGAUUUGCUUCUAGACUCCAUCUAUUCCCAUUAGUCUGUUUUUUAAAGAUGUGCCAGUAACACGCCAUCUUAAUUACUAUAGGAAAUAUAUUUAUUUUGUGUUUUAUUUUAUAUUUGAGCCCCUUACUGAGUGAACUCUAUUAAAGCUGAUGGCUUUCCUGAUGCUUAUUUUUUAAGCACUAAGGAUAUAUCAUCUCUAAAUAAUUAUUUUCCAAUUUUAUUUCUUCUUAAUACACUGGUUAGCACUUCCAGUACAACUAAUAAUGAUCAAAGUAGGCUUCCUUGUCUUAUUUCUCAUUUUAAUGGGAAUGUUAAGUAUAAUGUUGGCUUUUGUUUGUAGUGUUUUAAGAAUUUACAUCUGUAUCUGCUGAGCUUAAUUAAAUGUUGGUCUGACAUCAACUAAAAUAUUUUUAUUAAAUCCAUGAAUUUGUUUUUAUAUUAAUAAUCCUAAUAUUGUAUACUUUGCAAUCUUAGUGAUUCUUUAAAUAUAACUAAAUUUGAUUUGUGAACAUUUUAUUUAGAUGUUUACUUCUAAUGAGAUUGGUUUCAAGUUUACGCCAAUUUUUUAAAUGAAUUUGAAAUUUUCCGUCUCCUAGUUUAUCUGAAUAUUGGAAUAAGUGGUACCUGUUUUAAGAUUUAUGUGACGUUUAGCUAAGACAAUAUAUGUAAAGCAUUAAGUCAAUGUCUGGAACAUAAUAAGCACUUUUAACAGCAAGCUGCUAUUCUAGCUCCUGUUUUUAUUUUUAUUUUCUGCACAGUUUAUUUAGAAUGAGAAAUAACUGUUCCUUGAAACUAAAUCACCAAGGAAUCAUUUAGGCCUGGAGGCUUUUGCAGAAGCAAUUCAGUUUUUUUCACCCAAAUUUCUUCUAGGCUGGUUUGUCUUGUCAGGCUUUUGAGCUUUUUUCUGAAUUAAAUAUCAUAUUUUGCCUCUGUAAUUUUUGCUUGUGUUCUCUUUAAAUUAGCUGUGACUAAUUUUUUUCUAACAAAAUCACCUCUUAUAUUUAACAAUUCUUUUCUGAUUCACUAAUUUCUGAUUCUUUAUGUUUCCUAUUUUUCUCACAGUUCUUUUUUCAUGCUUAACUACUUAAAUUGAACAGUUAUCUGAUUGUUCCUUUUAAAAUCAUGAAAACAUUUAAUUAAGGCUAUGAAUUUAGUACUGCUUUCAUCUUUAGACAUUAAAAUUUGGAAGAUGGGGGUAAGUAUUUUCAUUUUCUUGUUUAGUUAUUUUUAUAUCUUAAUUACUUAGAAUAAGAUAGCAUGCUUUUUUCACUUAAGAAUUUGUUUUUAUUGUGAUCAAAGGAUAGGCUAAAAUUUCUAUAAUUGUUGCAUAGAUGCUUAACAAGUAUUCUGUUUAUAAAAGUACAAAGUUUGAUAUUUAUUCCAUCUUACACUAUCAAAUCCUAACUUUGCUUUUUAGCACUUUUGUCAUAAACAUUUAAUUUCCCGUUAAUUAUCUUGGCCAUAGUUUUGCUUCAGUUGUUUUUGGUAUUAUUACUCAGUAUAUAGUCUGUAACUGUCAUAACUUUAUUUUUUUUCCAGCUUUAUUGAGGUAUGAUUGACAAAUAAAAGUGUAAGAUAUUUAAAGUGUACAUUGUGAUGAUUUGAUCUGUGUAUCCAUUGUGAAAGGAUUCUUUCUGCCUAGUUAAUUAACACAAUCCAUCACCUUUAUAGAUAUUUAUCUUUUUUGUGUGUGUGUGACAAGAUUUGAAUUCUGCUCUUAGCAAAUUUCAAUUAUGUAAUACAUAUUAUCAACUAUAGUCACCAUGUUAUACAUUAGACCCUCAGACUUUAUUCAUCUUAUAGCUGAAAUUUUGUACCUUUUUACCAACCUGUCCCUAUUUCAUCCAUGCCCCCAUCCUUAGCAACCACAUUACCACUCUGUUUCUGAGUUUGACUUUUUUUUAGAUUCCAUAUAUAAGUGAUACCAUCUAGUAUUUGUCUUUGUCUGGUUGUUUCACUUAACAUAAUU